AGGCUCUUAACGGGUCAGGUCGGGUUUGGGCAUAUGGAUCCGAGAUCGAAGUGUAAAUUUGGGAAGAACAAGGGCUCGAAUUAGGGCUUUAUUCGUUCGCUGUGGCCGCUGGUUGCUCGGAGGCCACGGUGAUCAGUUUGAGAGAUGGAAAAGGAUUAAAUUGAAUGGUGAAGACAUGAAUAUCAGAAUGCCCAAUUUUACCACUUUGCACUCAGGCUACUGAGAGGAUUAAGAGAGGACAUAGACGGGUGCUAUGGAUUAUUCAGAUCAUUUUGCUUUGUCCAAUCUUCUGGCAGAAUUAGAUGGUGGAAAGUAUGGAACUGUUACCAAAGAAUAUGAAACACUGCAUGCACUUCGGACAAAUGUGAUCAAUUUUUUAUCAGCAUCAAGGAGAGCACCUGCUAAUACCUGCUUGAACCCAGUUUUGGGGGCUCCACAAACAAGUUUGCAUUCUUCUUCCCAUCCACGACCUCGGCAUAACCGAUCAAGUGCUAAUGGGCAGAGAAAUGAUGCCACCCCUCUGAAUGUUAUCAAUUUGGAUGAUGAUCCUGUAGAUUCAGAUUCCAUAAUGAGAACUGGUCUGAAUAUCUCAACUGAAUGUCAUGCUGCUGGUGAUAUUGGUUCUGUUGUGCAAAAGGAAUCCUCAAAUACUGCAGAUGGGAAGGCUAGCACUCCUGUUCUUAUUAUUGAUUCCGAUGAAGAGGAUGGUGAUCAUCAAGUAAAAAACAAGCCAUGUAUCAUAACUGGAACUAAUGAAUAUAAAAGUCGAGAAUGCCUGGACUCGCAACUACUGUUGUAUUUAAAACAAGCCAAGCUUUUGGAGCAGGAGGGUCAUUCUAAACAGCUUGUGGCCUAUGAGCAAAAACAAACCAAAAUAGAUCAUGAUGCUGCUAUUCAGUCAACUUGGCAGCCUACUAUUCAGUAUGAGAAGGUUAUUUUAAGAACUGCCCCAGAUCAGCAACCCCAUGAAGAGCUUAUGCCUCAACCGAAGUCUCUUUCAAGGAAUUUGUCUGGAAAACAACAAUGUGGACAGCAUGCUACAACAGCUAACCAAACACGUGGCCUCAUACAAGGCCAAACAAAUAGCCGGAUUCAGAAAUUAAUGAGCGGUCACAUAAAGAACCGAAUGAAUGGCCAGACAAACCUGUUUGCAAGAGGCAAAAGAAAAUAUAAUGAACUUGAUAGUGAACAACAUGAACAACAGGUUGAUAAAGAUUUUGAAGUAAAUCUAUCACCUGUUUCUGUUGUCAGUUUGACUGAAGAAACAUUUAGCACAGUAACUCAUUCUCCAGAUGGUACAAAAACAGCAGAAAGUGAUGGGCUGGAUGAUCUUUGGAAAGAUAUGUCAUUGGCAAUGGAAUGUUCGAAGGUUGCUAAAUUGGAUGAAUUGGCCACAGUGCCUGAAGGAGAGGACUGUGACUGUGAUCAUUCACUCCUGCUUCACGAUGAUUUGGGUCUGGUGUGCCGUGUUUGUGGAGUUAUACAGAAACGAAUUGAUACAAUAUUUGAUUAUCAAUGGACAAAGGCGUCACGAUCAUCAAGGACAUACAUGUCUGCCUCACGAAGUUCUACCGGUGUAGAUGAGCCAGUUCCAUCUUGUAGAAUUAGAAGUGCUGAAGGUGAUCUCAUUGCAGCUGAAGUCUCAGUCCACCCAAGGCAUAUGAAACAUAUGAAGCCACACCAGCUAGAGGGCUUCAAUUUCCUUGUUAGAAACUUGGUGACUGAUAAACCAGGUGGUUGUAUUCUUGCUCAUGCACCGGGAUCUGGCAAGACUUUUAUGCUUAUAAGCUUCAUCCAGAGCUUUCUGGCCAAGUAUCCUGAUGCUAGAACCUUGAUUGUCCUUCCCAAGGGAAUAUUGUCUAUUUGGAAGAACGAGUUGCAACGCUGGCAAGUUGAAGACAUCCCUUUAUUUGAUUUUUACACUGUUAAAGCCGAUAACAGGUCACAGCAACUGGAUGUAUUGUUAAGUUGGGAAAAUCAAAAGAGCAUCCUUUUCUUGGGUUACAAGCAGUUUGCCAGUAUUGUAUGUGAGGCUUCCAGUGAUAGGAUAACAGCUGCAUGCCAAGAAAGACUACUAACAGUCCCAAGCCUACUCAUUCUGGAUGAAGGUCACACACCAAGAAAUGAAAGUACUGAUAUUGUCAAUUCACUUGCCAAAGUUCAAACUCCGCGUAAAGUGGUACUCUCUGGUACCUUAUUUCAAAAUCAUGUCAAAGAAGUGUUCAGCAUUCUAAACCUUGUUCGGCCGAAAUUCUUAAGGACAGAAUCUUCUCGUGUAAUUAAGAGACGCAUCCUAAGUAGGGUGAAUAUCCCCGGAAAUAGGAAGUCAAUAAAAGGGAAUAUUGAUGCAGCUUUCUAUGAAUUAGUUGAAGAAACACUGCGGAAUGAUGACAAUUAUAAAAGAAAAAUCAAUGUUAUUCAGGAUCUCCGGGAAAUGACUGAUAAUGUUCUUCAUUAUUACAAAGGUGAUUUUUUGGAGGAACUGCCUGGCCUUGUGGACUUGACUGUCCUCCUAAAUCUCAGCUAUAAACAGAAAGAAAUUGUUCAAAAGUUGGGGAAGUUGGAUAAAUUUAAGAGAAUCUCUGUGGGAAGUGCUGUCUAUAUCCAUCCACGGCUGAAGGAAAUUGCUGAAAAAUCUCCCAGUGAUAGGGGAUUUAGUGAUGAGAAGAUUGAUAGCAUUAUCGAUUCUUUGGAUGUUAAAGAUGGCAUAAAGACAAAAUUUUUCCUCACUCUUCUGUCACUGACAGAGGCUGCUGGAGAGAAGCUUCUUGCUUUUAGUCAAUACCAUCUCCCAAUGAAAUUUCUGGAAAGAACCCUGGUCAGGCUAAAGGGCUGGCGUGUGGGCAAAGAGAUUUUUAUGAUCACUGGUGAAUCAAGUGCUGAGGAGAGGGAGUUGUUCACAGAGCAAUUCAAUAGCUCUCCUGAUGCCAAGAUCUUGUUUGGUUCCAUCAGGGCCUGUGGAGAAGGCAUCUCUCUUGUUGGUGCAUCACGGGUUGUGAUUUUGGACGUUCACCUGAAUCCUUCAGUUACCCGUCAAGCAAUUGGGCGCGCAUUUCGACCUGGGCAGGAAAAGAAAGUUUUCACCUACAGGUUGAUUGCGGCUGAUUCUCCAGAAGAGGAUGAUCACGAUACAUCCUUUAAAAAGGAGUUGAUCUCAAAAAUGUGGUUUGAAUGGAGCCAAUAUUCUGGGCACCAAGAGUUUGAGUUGGAAAAGAUUGAUAUCAAUGACUCUGGGGACAUGUUUCUAGAAAGCCCUAUGAUGGAGCAAGAUAUCAAGGGUUUGUACAGAAGGUGAUUUAGCUGACUGGUUCUUGGAGAAUGCUGGUUUUGUGCUUUUGCUCUCGAUUUCUUUGGUGUUACCUACUGGUCUUAGGAUAUCUGACUUCUCACUUUCUUCUUCAGGACCUUCUUGAAAACAAAAUUUCCUCAGCUAACCAAUCUUAAGGUUGCAUAUGUAAGUAAGGUCUCUUUUCUAGUAUGUAUGCUUUUGUUAGGACCGAUCUCAAAUGAUCACAGGUAUGUGCACCUUGUGAUAGUUGUCAGUCAUGUAAUGCAUUUUUCUGUAUAGCUUUGAGAUCGGUCUCUGCUUGGAGUAACUGAUAAGCUGUAAAUAAUUGUUGCAGCCCUUUCUGUAACAACUCUUGAAGUUUGUCAUUUCUGAAUGUCACCUGAGUUGUAAAUACAUGCCCUAAUCUAUUCUGCAACUUGGUUUCCAAAACUCUAGAAUUCAGCCAAUUAAAUUUGCUCC